AUGACAUACGUCGCAGAGUCCACGCCGGCCGCCACAGCCGACCAAAUCAUCGACGAUGGCGAGGAGGAGGAAUCCAAGCAGCGGGUAGAAGAAAUGGAGAGGGAAGCGAACAAACUCAGGGAGCUUCAGGCUGCAGCAGAGAAUGCUGAGCGGCGUCGCCGCGGCCGAUCCAGGAGUGUUUUCGUUGGCAAUGCACAUUUCCAAGCAUGUGGCGUCAUCAACCGAGUUACUAUUCUCUGCGACAAGUUCACUGGCCAUCCAAAAGGCUUUGCUUAUGUCGAAUUUGCUGAGGAUAGCCAUGUGGAGGCCGCGUUGGCCAUGGACAAUUCCCUUUUCCGCGGUCGGUUGAUCAAAGUAACGACAAAACGCACAAACAUCCCAGGCUUCAACCGUGGUCGGGGUCGCGGGGGCUACCGUGGUGGCUACCGUGGUGGCUAUCGGGGGGUUCUUCGAGGACGGGGGCGUGGUUUCUGAGAGCUUCAAAAGGGCAGCUGUCCAUAGGUUUCCUCUUGUUCCCGUUAUAUGUAUAGUCGCUAUCGUAUAAUUUAAUGCAUCGGGUGCUGAGCGAUGAGCUGUUGUAUCCCGUAGGCUGUA